AUGAAAAACUUUCCUAGUGAAAUGGAAGAAUACGAAGAUUCACAAAAUCCACAACAAGAUAUUCAAGAUAUUCAAGAUCUCACCCCUCUUGAUCGUCUUGAAAUAUUCUUACCAGCUGUACAAUCUCUAACCAACGCAUUAGGAGGCUACGAAGAAAUUGAAAUUCUUGAUCCUAUCUCUAAACCCGAUCCCAACCAUCUAUCCAAUGACAAAUCCAUAUUUAAUUCCAAUGGAAAAUUUAUUUCUAAACAAGAGAAACAAGAUGAAAAAUUCGAAACUAUCUAUCGACCAGGUGAUAGUGUAAUAGCAGUCCUGAAGGAUUUGAAAAAAUUAUGGAGAAAAGAUGAUACGGAUGACGAAAGGACAGUAGCUAGAUGUAUGGCGAAAGCUGGUACUAUGAGGGAAUUAAUUAGUUUAAUGGUUGAAUGUACUGAAAGAGGUGAAUGGGGUAGAAAAGUUUCUUUAGUUGCUUGCGAUUUGAUAGCCGCUUUAACUUGGCCUAUCGAUGUACAACAAGAGUUAAAGGAAAUGGAGGAUGAACAGGAUAUCGUCAGUGAUUAUGCUUCACUUUUGAGGUAUCAAGUGGAAUAUAAAGCUAUGAUAUUACAAUCCCCCGCACCGUUGAGAUGUCUCUUGACACUUAUUUUACCUUCAUUGGCCAAACCGAAAAAGGAUGAACGUGACUCGCGUAUCAUCUCUCUAGGUCUUCACAUCGUCCGUAACCUUCUCGCCAUUCGAGACGACAUAGCGGACGGUUCUGCCGUUGGAGAAAAAGCCGAGUUUUCAAAUCUCCAAUCAUCUUUGGUCAUUCAACUUGGUCAAUUGACAUAUUUUCAACUGAUAUUGUCUUUAGCUUCUUAUGGUGACAAAACGGAUUUCAACCAGUAUAACGUAUUGGUUUUGGAUAUCUUGCAUUUGGUCUUUAGAUCUGUACGAGCGAAAGACCUGGCGCAGGAUCAAGCUAGGGCCCCCAUAGAAAAUCUAUCCAAAUUACUCGAAAGUGAACGUAGACAAAAAGCCCUACAUUCAAAAGUCGGAAUGACCCGUCAUUCUCGAUUCGGAACUACCAUCGCCGUCAAAGCCGGUGAUCAAAAAUUGGUACUACAUAAACAAAACGCCAUCACCGUCGACGCUGGUAAAAUCCUAGAUGCCGGUAAGAGAAAACGUGCCGAAAGAAAAAAACGAGUGGAUGAUCCUAGUCGUCUUACUUCGUACACUCCCGACGCUAUGCGAAUCUUACAAGAUGUCGCUAAAACAUUCCUUGAGGCAUGUUUUAACACUUUCUUCGCUUCUGUACUCAAAGAUAUCCGGAUGGAGAGAAGUAAAAUACGGCCAGCUGAUAAUACACGAACAUUGAGUUUGUCUAGGUUUUUCGUAGAGUAUUUGCUACUUGUUCGACAGAAAGAAAUCGAUAAGAAAGCGACGCAGCAGACGAAAAAUGGUGUUAAUGGGGAUGAACGGAAUGGUGAAGGGAAUGAAUGGAGUUUAGGGUUGGUGGGGGAGAUGGCGGAAUUGGAUUCGGUACGUUGGGUUGUGGGACGUAUGAAAAUUACCAUGGAUGAGAAGCCUCCGGCUUUGACGGAAUUACAAGCAUGUUUAGAUUGUUUCACUCAAAUACUUCUCCUAAUCGACGCCAUGUCCCUUUCCACAGAAGAAGUAGAUAACGAAAUCGCCGAAAUCCUUCAAAACCAACUAUACUACAAUGGUGACGUUCUCGACGCUUCAUUAGCAGUCGUCACGAGCUAUAAAGAAAAUACGGGUAGUGUUACAUAUCUCGAUUCUGUAGUUCAUUUCGCUUAUGUCCUUUUGAGGAUGUUGGAAAGAUAUAGUAAGACUAAUACUUACAUGUUUGUUCGGAAACGUAAAGCUGCGAAGAAAGCUAGGAAGAAAACUAAGGGUUCGAUGGAAGGUGAAGUGCCUGAAGAGUUUAUGGGGGAUGAGGGAGUUGAUGAGGAGGAUGUAAAUGGGGAGGACGAAAGACAAGGACAGAGUUAUAAAGAACACGCUUUUCAAUUCUCCUCUUUCGAGCAGCGCUUCGCACAAGAAUCAGUAGUCAACACUCUUCUCUCCCACUUAUCCCGAUUUCAAGAAUUUGACGAUCCAGAUCAACUGAAGCGUGUCGUCGGAUUAAUGCAUCGUCAAGUUGUUAAAUCUCAAGCUGAAGGAUUAUACUUUCGUGUUUCUUGUCUUUUGUUAUUUCAACGUAUAUUAGAUCAACAACAGUCCUUACCGAAACAUGAAAGUUCGACGGAUUUGAUACAUUUGAUCAAAUUCAUCUUGAGGAAAUUUUUCAAAAAAGUGAAAGAAGAUCCUUUUGUCAUUGUUGAAGCUCUUGGUCCUAAAAGUAGAGGGAAGUGGAAAGAGUGGAGUUCUUAUAAGAGUGAAGAGGAUGAUGAUGAUGAUAUGGGAGGACAGGGGAAGAGGAUUAGGGAAAUGCUUGAAAAAGAGCCGACAGAAUUGGAAUUUAAGAAGAAUCGAAAACUUUCAUGGUCACAACAAAUGGGUGUGAUAAUAGGUAUACUCUUGAAAGAUGGGCAUGAAUCGUGGAUUCGAUGGAUAAUGAGUGAACUUGAAAUCGCCUUGGCACAAAGACAAGAAGUCGUACUUGCCACAGAUGUACCAUUGGCAGAUCAAGAUAGUGAAGAAGAAGAAGGACGCGCACGGAAUUUCGCUGGGCCCAGUAAUGAUGCGAUUGAGAAGUUUGUCCAGCAUGAUAUUGAACCACAAAACGAAGAGAUCAAACUUGCUUUGUCCAAGAAUUCACAUUUCCGUCUAAUGUUAAGACUCUUAUCGGUCGAACGGACCGAAAAUGACAUUGCGGAAAAUCAAAAUUUCUUCAUUCCACAAUCUAUCCUCCCUUCCAACCUCGAAACUUCUCUUGGGGCUUUAUCCCAAUUUUUACUUUCUCCACCAGAAAUAGAAAACCCUCAAACUCUUCUUCGUAGAGCUCGAAAACCUCGCGUGUACGCAGAUACAGACUCGUCUGGUGGAUCCGAUCAAGAAGGUGCCGAAGGUGUAGGGGAACAUGGGGGAAGGCGAAGACGAAGAGGAGAUGGAGAAAAUAUGAAAGAGAAGAGGAGAAGGAAAAAGAGAAUAAGUAGUGAUGGAGAUGGAAAUGAGGAAGAAGAAAGACCUAAGAGGAUGAAAAAGAGGAAACAAGCGGAAAUGCAAGUUUAUAAAAGUGCUGCUUUCAUACUUGAUUCAGAAGAGGAAGAAGAUGAUGAAGUUUUCUUCGCUAGGGAACGACGGUUAAGGGAGGAAAUGGAAGAAAUGGCUAAGAAACAAGGGAAUGUCAUGAGGUCCACAGGGACUAAGAAGCGGAAGAAGAAUAAGAGAGGAGAGAGAGAGGCUGAGAAGAAGGAUGAGGGGGUUGACUUUGAAGGUGAGAGAGAUGAGGUUGAACAUGAAGAUGCAGGUGAUGAUGAGGUCGAACAAGGGGAUGAUGAGGUUGAAGAUAGGGAAACGGAUGUGGAGAUGGAGAUGGAGGUCGUGUCUGAGACUGGAGGGAACACAGCAGGUGAGGAUGAGGGUGUAAAGGGGCACAGAGAAAAAGAGCCGGAUGAAGAAUCGGAGGGCCGAAAGAAGAGUGGGAGACGAAGGAUGAGGGGAACGAGUGGGAGUAAGAGUGAAAGUAAGGGGGACAUUCAGACUCGGACUGAAACUCUUCUGUACAAGUAG